UGAUUUUGAUUUCUGUUUUUACAUGGCUGAGAAUGAAUCCCAGCACUCCUUGUGCUGUAUUUCCAGCUGUUGUUUUCAGUUAAUUUAUUGGCUUUAAUAAGGUAUAUAUUUGAGUGGAAAGUUAACCUAUAAACUAUGUAUGUUGUGAUAUAUUUGACCUAGUGUUUUGUUAGUUUGCAAUGUGCCAGGAUUCUGACUUGUGUUUCGUACCAUCUCUACUGCAUUAUCUAUCUACCUUGUCUACAUGAGGGGGGGCAAGAUUUUUCACAUAAUUUAACCAAAGUUUACAGCUCAGAUUCCUUUAAAGUGAUUGUCCUUCAUUCACUAAAUUUCAGGUAAAAGAAAGCCUACUACGAAGGUUGGUCUUCUCAGUAAUUGUUUUAACACGUGACUUUUGAGGAAUUAGUUUAAAUCAGUGCUACUGCUGAGUAUCAGUGUCUUUACAAAAAUACUGUUGUGCUAGAUUCUCACAUAGGCUGUCUGUGAUUAUCUUUAACAUUUUUCAGUAUUUUAAGAAAUCAUUAGACUUCUCAAGCAUAUAUAAUAAACAACUUCCGCACUCAAAUUUUUCCUGGAGAUCAAACUCUGUAUUAUUUUUAAAGUGCUAACUUAACCAGUAUAUGUAUAUAAAUCAUACGUGACAUUUGGUGCUUUGAAUAUAUAAUUGCUUUGUUUUUACCGGUUUUUCAUAGUUAGAUCCAGAGGCAAGAAUAUACAAGGCUAGGAAUUUAUUUCCAUGGGUAUAACUGAGGGGCAGGGAGGAAUGAUGGGGGACAGGGACACCACUACAGCAGUUUAACAGCUGUUUUCCUUUUUUGCACAGACUAAUUACCUGUUAACUACCCUCACUCCUCUCCUGGGAUUGUUAUUCUUUAGAAAACUCUUACUUCACAUAGACUUUUAAAUUUAUGUUGUAACCACUGUUGUCAGCAACUUUGUUUCUCUUUAUGUGCAAAGACUGACCUAAUAUGGAAAUAACAUGCUAUUUUACAGAAUUUGGCCUGGAAGUUUCCUUUCUCUUUCCAAGUGAACCUUCAAUGACACUGUUUUUGAAGAUUGUUCCUUCUCUCAACAUAGAGCUUUGUAAAGCCUAAUUUCCCCCCCAAAAUAUCUGUUUCUGAUCACUGAAGAGUAAAAUAAAGCCCAAAAUGUGCAUUUAAAAAAUAUUUAAUCAUUCAUGAGUUGAGCCUCAUUCUUGAGUUAUGGAUGACAAGGCUUCUGUUGGAAAAAUCAGUGUCUCUUCAGACUCAGUAUCUACUCUUAACAGUGAAGAUUUUGUCUUGGUUUCCAGGCAAGGAGAUGAGACGCCAUCUACAAAUAAUGGAAGUGAUGAUGAGAAAACAGGACUCAAGAUUGUCGGGAAUGGAAGUGAGCAACAGCUGCAGAAAGAAUUAGCAGAUGUCUUGAUGGAUCCUCCCAUGGACGACCAGCCAGGGGACAAGGAGCUUGUGGAAAGGUCACAACUAGAUGGCGAAGGAGAUGGGCCUCUUUCUAACCAGCUUUCAGCUUCAUCCACCAUUAAUCCUGUGCCAUUAGUAGGGCUCCAAAAACCAGAGAUGAGUCUACCAGUGAAACCUGGACAAGGAGAUUCUGAAGUGUCAAGUCCAUUCACACCGGUGGCUGAUGAGGGCAGUGUGGUUUUCAGUAAACUAACUUACUUAGGCUGUGCCUCAGUAAAUGCUCCCAGAAGUGAAGUGGAAGCCUUAAGAAUGAUGUCAAUCUUAAGAAGCCAGUGUCAGAUUUCACUGGAUGUAACUCUCUCAGUGCCCAAUGUAUCUGAAGGAACUGUGAGACUACUAGAUCCUCAGACAAACACUGAAAUAGCAAACUACCCUAUCUACAAAAUACUGUUCUGUGUCAGAGGGCAUGAUGGAACUCCUGAGAGUGACUGUUUUGCUUUCACUGAAAGUCAUUACAAUGCAGAGCUAUUCAGAAUACAUGUCUUUCGGUGUGAAAUACAAGAAGCUGUAAGCCGCAUACUUUACAGUUUUGCCACUGCCUUCCGCCGUUCUGCCAAACAGACACCACUUUCAGCGACUGCUGCACCACAGACCCCUGACAGUGACAUCUUUACCUUCUCUGUGUCUUUAGAAAUAAAAGAAGAUGAUGGGAAAGGUUAUUUUAGUGCUGUUCCCAAAGACAAGGACAGACAGUGCUUUAAACUACGCCAAGGAAUUGAUAAGAAGAUUGUCAUCUAUGUACAACAAACAACUAACAAAGAACUUGCCAUUGAAAGGUGUUUUGGCCUUCUCCUUUGCCCAGGAAAAGAUGUACGAAAUAGUGAUAUGCACUUGCUAAAUUUGGAGUCUAUGGGCAAAAGUUCAGAUGGAAAGUCUUAUGUUAUUACUGGAAGCUGGGAUCCAAAAUCCCCACAUUUUCAGGUUGUAAAUGAAGAAACUCCUAAAGAUAAAGUACUGUUUAUGACCACAGCUAUUGAUUUGGUAAUAACAGAAGUACAAGAGCCUGUUCGAUUUCUCCUAGAGACAAAAGUUCGAGUUUGCUCACCUAAUGAAAGAUUAUUCUGGCCCUUCAGCAAACGUAGUACUACUGAAAAUUUCUUUUUGAAACUGAAGCAGAUAAAACAGGAGAGAAAGAGUAAUACCGACAUUUUUUAUGAAGUUGUGUGUUUGGAAAGUGAAUCAGAAAGAGAGAGAAGGAAAACUACAGCCAGUCCUUCUGUUCGCCUGCCACAGUCUGGAUCUCAGAGCUCAAUGAUCCCUUCUCCUCCAGAAGAUGAUGAAGAAGAAGAUAAUGAUGAGCCUCUCUUGAGUGGAUUUGGUGAUGUAUCCAAAGAAUGUGCAGAAAAAAUUCUUGAAACAUGGGGAGAACUGCUGUCAAAAUGGCAUCUCAACUUGAGUGUGAGACCUAAGCAGUUGUCGUCCUUAGUGAGAAAUGGUGUCCCUGAAGCUCUUCGAGGAGAAGUGUGGCAGCUUCUAGCAGGCUGUCACAACAAUGACCACCUGGUAGAAAAAUACCGAAUUCUUAUCACAAAGGAGUCUCCCCAGGACAGUGCUAUCACCCGGGAUAUUAACCGGACAUUUCCAGCCCAUGACUACUUCAAGGACACAGGAGGAGAUGGACAAGACUCCUUAUAUAAAAUAUGCAAGGCUUAUUCUGUAUAUGAUGAAGAGAUUGGCUAUUGCCAGGGCCAGUCAUUUCUUGCUGCUGUGCUGCUUCUCCAUAUGCCCGAGGAACAGGCAUUUAGUGUUUUGGUCAAGAUCAUGUUUGACUAUGGUCUCAGGGAACUCUUCAAGCAAAACUUUGAAGAUUUACAUUGCAAAUUUUAUCAGUUGGAACACCUCAUGCAGGAAUACAUUCCUGACCUGUACAACCACUUCCUGAACAUCAGCCUUGAAGCACACAUGUAUGCCUCCCAGUGGUUUCUUACGCUUUUCACUGCAAAAUUCCCUCUCUACAUGGUCUUCCAUAUCAUCGACCUGCUUUUAUGUGAGGGAAUAAGUGGUAUUUUUAAUGUCGCCCUUGGAUUACUAAAGACUUCCAGGGAUGACCUUCUAUUGACGGACUUUGAAGGUGCCUUGAAGUUCUUCAGGGUUCAGCUUCCUAAAAGAUACCGCUCAGAAGAAAAUGCAAAAAAACUAAUGGAAUUAGCUUGUAACAUGAAGAUUAGUCAAAAGAAGUUGAAAAAAUAUGAGAAAGAAUAUCACACCAUGAGGGAGCAGCAGGCCCAACAAGAAGACCCCAUCGAGAGAUUUGAGCGGGAGAAUAGGCGCCUACAAGAAGCUAACAUGAGGUUGGAACAAGAAAACGAUGACUUAGCUCAUGAGCUGGUGACCAGCAAGAUCGCACUGCGAAAGGACUUGGAUAACGCUGAGGAAAAGGCAGAUGCAUUGAAUAAGGAGCUACUGAUGACCAAACAGAAGCUGAUUGAUGCAGAAGAAGAGAAGAGACGGUUGGAAGAAGAGUCUGCUCAGUUAAAGGAAAUGUGCCGUCGGGAACUUGACAAGGCAGAAUCUGAGAUUAAGAAAAACAGUUCCAUCAUUGGUGACUACAAACAGAUUUGUUCUCAGUUGAGUGAAAGACUGGAAAAGCAGCAGACAGCUAAUAAAGUGGAAAUUGAGAAAAUUCGGCAAAAAGUGGAUGACUGUGAUCGCUGCCGAGAGUUUUUCAACAAAGAAGGACACGUGAAGGGCAUCAGCUCAACCAUGGAAGUUAUGGAUGAGGACACAGAUGAAGAGAAGGAAACGCUCAAGAACCAGCUGAGAGAGAUGGAGCUAGAAUUGGCACAAACCAAGCUCCAGUUGGUGGAAGCUGAAUGCAAGAUCCAGGAUUUGGAGCAUCAUCUAGGCCUUGCCCUCAAUGAGGUGCAGGCAGCCAAGAAGACUUGGUUUAACAGAACACUGAGCUCCAUAAAGACGGCAACUGGGGUUCAAGGAAAAGAAACUUGUUAAGAACAGCUGCUGCCUCCAGACACCUGCAGAAAACACACCACCUUUUGUUGCCUUCUGUGGCCAGUUGUGUGAUUCUGUGACACAUUCCAGGAAUGGAAUGUCCUAAGAUCUGUGACACAUGUUGGAGGGUUGCUGGGCCAGAGCUCUGGGUAAGGCUCUCCUCACUACUGACACCAACAGGCCUGCCAUCCAGCUGAUGUUUGGGACACACACACACCAGAAAUCACUCCUCAGUGUGCCACCCAGGCCUUUUCCCAUGUAGGUCAACACCUCACCCAUCCUGAAGGCUGAGUUUACACAAUCAGAGUUUGGGGAUACUUCAGUGUGUUGAUUUUUUUUUCCUAAAACUUUUUUCUUUUAAAUACGUAUUUUAGAUCUAGAUCUAGAUCUAAAUAUAUAGGGGGAUCAAAAAUUAAAAAUAAUUAUCUGUCAGUGCCAGCAAAGGCUCCCCGAGUAUACAUGGAAAAACACUUUGCUUUAAGUAGGAGGGUUUCAUAGUCAUAGUGGAAGCCACCUAGUUCUGUUAACCUAUACAAGGCACAGGUUUUUGGUUUGGCGUUAUUCAUGUCUCUGAGCGAUUCUAUGCGACUCUCA